AUGACUUACCGAGCUAGUAUUCAUCAGCGUGGCCACCAGAACAAAAAUGUUGGUCACCACCUCCCGGAAGGAAAACAAACCGGCCCCAGACACAUCCCUCCACGUGCAGCGAGCGCCCUAAGGCUGCCAGGCAAAGGGGCGACGCGCGUCCCCAUUAUUGCGCGCGCCGCCGCGCCCUUCCAGGUGCCCUCGCGUACCUGGCGGCGGUGUCCGCGCCUCGGAGACCGCCGGCCGGCUGGGGCGCGGGAGCGGCCCCGGGCUCCCGGCCGCUGCCUGGGAGCCAAAGGGUCAGAUUUAGUUUCACAACAAAGUCUCUUCGUCACAGCAACCCGACUGGAGGCCAAAGCGGCCGGGCAGCCGGGGCAGGGGCCGGAGCGCCGCCGGCGUGGCCGAAGGUGGGAAGAGAGCGCGCGGGGGCAGGGUGGCCGGAGACAGGGUCCCGGCGGCUGGACUUACUCGUGUCACAACUGCGGCGACGAGGGGCUGAGGAACCGGUUCUUCCAAAAACAAACCGAAAAUGGGAGGAUGAAGAUCCAGCCCACUAGCUUAGAUCGAGAUUUGCUUCAGAGCAUCAGUGGGAGAAGACCAGACCAUAUGGGAACAGCCAAGAGUCAAGCCAACUCUUCAGCUGCACAUAUCCAAUAAAAGUGGAAGAGGGAAGAUAAUGGCCUGAAUAGUGACGUGUCUACGGACAUAAAUGUACAAGCAGCUCGCCAGCGGGGAUUUUUGCGGAAGAACCUCAAAGAGGGAUGCCGUUCCCCGGGCUGUUUCUAAAUAGAUGUAGAUUAUUUCCCCAAAGAUUAUGAACAGUUCUUUUGUCCAAAUCCAAGAUGCGAUAAUGCAUAGGCUUCCUAAAACGGGACUUUCAAAUUUCAUUUAUUUAGAGAUGUUUGAAGCCUUCAAGAAUUAGAGAAGUAAAGAUGAAAAGACAUCUUUUUAUGAUGUUUUGGGUAGCUAAACAGGUAGGCAGAUAUGCGAAAAUGCGAUUUACUUCUGGAAGCUGUUUUUGCUUCAGAAUGUACCUUCUAUUUGCUAAAAGUUUGUAUUAUCGUAAAUAAAAUCAAAAGACACACUGUCAAUGUGGAUGCAUCAUCUGACAGGUAAAAUCGAACACAAAUUUUCUUUGGAAAGGGAUGAUAAAUCAGAGUGCUACCACUGAUAGUCAAGUCACGAUUUAAGAAAAAAUAUUCCUUCGGUAAGAAUGUUCAGUUUUGUUUUUCUUUUCUAACAUGUCUUGAGUUAAACAAAACAUCUUAACAAGAUUGUAACGAAAACUCUUCAUGAUGUAAACAUCCAAAGAAAGAAAUUCUAGAUUGAUUAUCUUCUGGGACCGCAAAGAUUUUAUUACUAGAUAUCACUGAAGUAGUGGAACCAGAGGCCGAAAGCCUUAGGACUCUAACUGGGUGGUGAGGAGAUUUUAGAGGACUAUCUCCCAAUUUAAAAGAAGAAAAAAAAAAACUUCAUAAAAUGUAAAUGCAAUAAGUCGACCGGAAUUUUAUUUUUCCAAGAUUAAAACAUGCAUUUAGUCGGCUUGGAAGGCCCAUUGCCAAUUCAUGAAUCUAUCGGAAUAAAACACAAGAGCAAGUGCCAAAUACCUGUGGUUUAUGUAAACUACAUAAAAUCACGGGGUUUUUACAUUUAGAUGUAUAAUA